AUGGAGUACUCAAUUGUCAAGCUCGAAACUUGGAGUCUCUUCUUUUAUCUCAUCAACGAGUUCAAGGAGACCGAAGAUGGCCGCAAGAACAGGUUGCAGGCAUUCUUUCCUUCUGCAUCCGCGUCGUUGGUUAGCCAAUAUGCACUGCACCAAGCUAUUGAGUUUGGCAACCUAUUGUAUAUGGUCCAGAUAGUUGUCGAGGUUGAAAAGGACUCCUGUUGA